GUAACGCACAACUUGCUUCGCAAUUGGAUGAAGCACACAAUGACAUUGAAACAUUUCAAAAGUUGCUUCAGAAAACCAAUCAGGAAAAAUCCGAGAUCGAAAAGGCAGCAGAACAGCUCAAGGAAGAAAAUGAGGCGUUAAAUGAAGAGCUGCAAGAGGCUAGGCAGGUUAUUAAAGCAAUGAGGGCAUCUCUUGAAGAAAAGGCUACAGGGGAGUUUCUAUCACCCAAACUAGAUGGAGAGAAGGAUUCCUUUAAUGUGAUGGAAGGACACUCAUCACCGAUAACUACUAGAUUAGAAGACCCGCUUGGUGUAGUUUCAAUUGAUCAAACUGAAGAGAAGGACCUACCGAGGAAAAAGGUGUCAGAUGCAGCUUCUUUCACACUCAAACAGACAGGAGGAGAGCAGGCAGGUGACGUAGUUGUUUUACAGGCUAAUUCAUCAGGUACAGAUGCGUUGGAUGAAGCGCUCAAAGAUCUGAUGCAACAGCUUGAAGCUAAAACAAAGCAAUGUGAGCAGUUACAAAACGAACUGGGCCAACGAACUGCCGAACUAAGCAAACAAAAGUCAGAUCAUGACGAGAAGAUGAAAAAGAUGAAGGCGAUCUUUGCGGCUGCCAACAAGAAUCUGAAUGAAUAUCGACAAUCAAUAGCAGCGAAAGACGAAGAAAUUGCAGAACUGAAAACUAAAUUGGAGAACCAGCAGUCUUCAGAAUCCCAAACCGUGGAGCAAACCCAGGCGAUCCAGGAAUUAGAGGCAGAACUUAAGAGCCAAUCAGAAGUGGCUGCAAUAAAAUUGCAGCAAAUGGAGAGUAAAAAUCGCCAAGUGAAUACACAGCUUGAGAAGCUCAAAACGGAGUAUCAGCAGUACAAGCAGCGAGCAAAUUUAUUACUUCAACAACAACGUGAAUCCGUCCAGACAGAUGAUGUAGGCAGAUUGAAAGAAUUGCAGGAGCAGUUGGACAAUCUUACAAAAGACAACAGGUAAGAGAGUUUACGACUAUUGACUAUUAGGGAGUAUAUGUGGAACAGACAACUGAUAUGCGCAUAAAAAAUUACCUGGACUUUUCAGAUCGAUUGCAAAAGAACUUCAAGAGUC